AUGAACGGCGAAAAGAAGAGCACUGAUCUUUCUAGUAGACUCAGCGUGAAACGUGGAGGAAAGUUGAUUUCGAAGACGCUCGGCAAGUCUUCAUCAGCGCCCUCCGUCAGCGCCCCGCCUAAAGCUGCCGUUGGCGCGUCAAAAGUAAAAAAGGAUGAGGUGCAGAGACGCAAGAACUCUUUCCAUAAGAUGCUCCGUGCGUCGUCCAAGGAGAAAGACAGCGCCCGCCCUGUACCGCUGAUUGAUCCUGCACCAAGUGCAUCUCAAACACAUGACAGCCAUAGCAAUCAUGUGGACUCCUUAGCGGCAAAUGCAGCUGUUUCUGCAGAGAAUGGCAGAAUUUCCAAGCUUGAGAGGACGCAUGGCCCAGGCGACGUUCAUCUCACAGAGCUCGAGAAAGCACUGGCAGCUACGCAAGCCGAGACAGCGGCGUUGAAACAAGAGCUGGAGAGAGUUAAGCAGGAUGCGCAAGCCUCUGUUGAGAUAUCCAGGUACCAGGCAGCGGAAGCACAUCAAAACGCCACACGAGAGUUCGCCAUGACUGUCGAAAAUGAAGCUCACGAGGUGGACUGCAAGCUUCAGCAUCAGCACCAUCAAUGUGACGAGGAAUUGAUGAACCAGAACCAUGACCUCCGCUAUCGCCUCGUCGAACCCCAAGACCAGCACAUGGCGCAAUCAGCACGACAGCUUCCAACCCCCAUGCACAACGAAGAAAAUUGGGAAGCUUUGACGCUACGUUUGCACGAGGCCGAGAAGGAGUCGCACUCCCGCCUCCAACAGCUUCUAUUGCUCAAGUCUAGCAUCUCGUCCCUCACACGCACAGACUCACAGGUCGCCGACAGCGAGCUUGCAGAAGCGUUCGCGCAACUGGCCAACCGAGUAAGAGAAUGGGUCGUGUCGAACUAUAGACGCACGAAGAUGAAUCUCGUUGACGCUCCUUCUGCGACUACCGAGUUACUCAAGUCAAUCAAGACCGACUACGAAGAAAUCAUAGCAACUGAUAAGCUUGCACUGUAUCAAGCCAUUGUGUCCCGCUUCCUCAUGCGAAUCUUCGAUGAGCUUGUGGUCUUUGGCAUGCCAGGUUGGGGUAUGUAUGCUGGAGUUAGAGCAUUCUCUGCAAAGAUACAGAAUGCUGGCGCCGAGUUUUGUGAGUGGAGACGUGCGACGCUUCGGGUCGUUGAAAAAUACCAGCUCGGACCGGCUUUCCAAGAACAAAAAGACGAGAUACUGCAAGGACUUGCCACCGAGCUUGAAGCAAUUCUGCUAUCCAUUACGUCUACAAAUCUUACGCCGGGUGCUCGGGCUUCGUUGUUCGGUAUUUUGAACACGGCUGCGGAACUGCAGCGGACACUUUGUUUACAGAAGGCCCAGUAUCGCGUUCAUUUCUUCGACACCCUCGAGCACGAAAGAGAUCACGUUGAGAACCGUACGAUGGAGCCAGUGAAUGAUCUAGAGUAUUCCACGGACGAGGGCAAUGGCCAACACACAGCACAUAGGUUUGGUUUCUGUGUCUUUCCAUGCUUGAAGAAGCUCGGCCAUGAAGUUGAGGCUGACACAGAAUUGGAAAACAUUGUUUUCAAGGCCAGAGUGUGUUGCGGUGUUGGUUGA